AGUCAGUCCUGACUGAACGACUCCCUUCAAAGAACAAAAAGUCCCAUCAAUAGCGCUGAGGCUUUCAUAACAAAUGCACCGAAAAAGAUUCAAAGAUUCAAGGCUUCAGUGACGGUGACAUCUGGUGGACAACUGAAGCCAUAGCAACCUGUCAAGCGUACGACUGAAGCACUGACACUGUUUCAAUCCUAUGUCAGUAAUAAAAGUUCAGAAAAGACUGCGUGGUCAUUCAAGUGUUUUGUUUAUUCAUACCAAAUAAUGAUUACAUCGUCAUUACACAUAAGUACAACCAAAAUCUUUAUUAAAAGGAAAAAAAAUAAUAAUAUGCAGUCAUUCUUACCCAUACUCUAAAACACAUUCCACAUUAACAAAGAAUAAAUCUAAAUGAUGUCUGUCACUCCUAACUCACUGGCUGUAACAUAACUCCUCUUUUUGUCUUGUUCCUCCUUGUUAGAGCUUCAGAGAAGCUGUUCUCCGGGCAGAUUGUUGGACCCUCUGUUGCACACCAAACCACACCACGUAUCGUAGUGGUAAACUGCACCUCACCAUUUUGACUGAAUCACUGGUUUGUAGUGGCUGUGUGUGUGUGUGUGUGUGUGUGUGUGUGUGUGUGUGUGUGUGUGUGUGUGUGUGUGUGUGUGUGUGUGUGUGUGUCAGACUACAGGCACCGGACCCCUGAGCACGUGUGGUGGACUUCACCUGUACCCUGGACAGGCACCAUGGGGAAGACAUUACGGAGGUGCACCAGCAAAGAAAAAAAAGCUUACAAAUCAAGAAGCAAGGGGAAAAACUCACAGAAAUCUGGAGCAGAAUGGCUUCCUUCUUUGUGGCAGGACACCUUUGAGAAAUUACUCCUCAGAGACAAAGAGCUGGACUAUGGAGACCACUGGACUAUUGACUUUAGCUACAUCCAGACAAAUACUCUCAGCCUAGAGGAGAGAAGGGGUGGCUGGAAGGUUUCCUGUCACUGCACCAAUGGAAAAUUUCAGUGUGCAUCCUGCCAGCGGAUGUGGCCUUCUGCACGUGUGCAGGUGUUGUUUCGUUACCGCCUCUGGACUGGCCAAGGCUGGGGAACAGUGAUCAUGCGGCCCUUUGGACAGUCCUGCCAUUAUUGCAGAAAUGAUGUGUUUGAGUUUUGUGGUUUUUUGAAGCGAGAUGUCAAACAGACCUUGCGUAGGCUGUUUGCCAAAAUUAGGAAGAACUGCUAUGGAGAGGAAGAUGGUGAAGUUUCUUAUAGCUUGCCUGUGUGUGCUCCAAAAGCAAAAGCCAAACCGCAUGAGUCGAGCCUGUGUGAGGCCUGUGAUAUGGGCAUCUGCUCACAGCAGGAUCGUUCACGGACAUUUUGGGGCACAGCUGCUCAAAAUGUAAACAAGGAAAAAAUAUAGUUUGUAGAAUGCUUUGCAAAUGCUGAAAAAGACAUCCCCACAGCAAUAAUAAAACUAUCCUGAGUAAUACAGAGACUGUAGCUGGUCAAAGAUGGACUCUUUCUUCUGGUGUGAGAGCUAAAGCUGAUUUUAAGAGUCUUUCUGAAAACAUCUCAAAAUGUUUGUAUGCAUUAUAACUGAAGAAAUUCAGAUUUAUGUUCAUGUAACCCAAUUGCUUAUUAAGCCAAAUAAAUAGUUUUAAAAGCUUAGAUGUACGGAAGUAGCAACAUCAUGGUCU